AUGAGUGGCACAGACGCCCCCAAAAGCGCAUGCAACCUAUGCCGGCAUCGAAAGAUUCGCUGCGAUAGGGCCAAGCCUGCCUGUGAAAAUUGUCAGUUGGCUGGCGUGGCUUGCGUCUUUACUCCUUUGCCUCAGCGUAAAAGUCCCCGCGAACAACUGGAAGAAGCCAAGGCUCAGAUUAAACAAUUAAAAGAAACCCUGCGCCUGGAACGGGACGAAUGGCGUCGCUCUCAGUCUUCCACUCCAGCACCGACUAUUACUCUCUUCGAUCCAUGCGGAUUGGACACUACAUUAGCUGCCUUUAGAUGGCAUCUCCAGUUUUGUAUCCCGGGGGUUGAUCCCGACAGGCGACUGGAUUCGCUUUUCAAUUUUGACGCCUUUUCUCAUGCGCUAAAACAGUCGCUCGAUUCAUCACAGACGACCCCGACCAAGGUGGUCACACCGAAAUGGCCUUCUCGUCUGAUGAUGCAGCAGUCACUUAAGUAUUAUGAGACCAACAAGCUUUAUGCAAUCUUUCCCAUGGUGGACACAGUGGCCUUGAAACGCCUUCUGGAUGCCGACGAGUUCGGUCUUCACGAAGGGACGAUCGAUGCUGCUAGUCAUGCAUGUUUAACUGCGCUCACAGCUUUUAUAACUCGACUCCGUCAUCAUGAACCCGCAUUUGCCGAGGCUGAUUCCAGUGCCUAUAUGCAAGCUGUGCUUUCGAUGCUGCCCCAGCUGGUCAUGGAACAUACCAACAUCCGGGUCUUGGAAGCCCUAUUGAUCCUCACAGCCGAUCUAGCUCCGCAGGGCCAACCGCAGACCGCGGAGCUCGUAAUGUCCCUGGCAGUACGAAUCCUCUAUAACCUCAAAGGCAACAUCAACAAACCAUCUUCCCCGGACCCCGAACAAAUCCACCUUCACCACCAUCUCCGCGCUCUAUUCUGGGUCUGUUACUCUAUCGACAAGGAAAUGUCUCUCCGAAGGUGCCAGCCACCAAUCAUCAACGACGCCGACUGCGAUCUGGAUCUACCAGCAACCUACGUCUCCGUGACCUCCGAUCACCAAUUCUUCCACUCCCCGCUGUCCCUACAAGAGCUUCUAUACCCGACAGAUCUCCGUCUGGCCGUGCUCAAGUCGAAAAUCUACCGUCUACUAUAUUCGCCCUCAAGUCUGACACAAUCUGAAGGUGCACGUCUCCAAGUAAUCCGCCAACUAGAUGAGGAACUGAGCGACCUGAAGUCUCAGUUCCCGGCUGUCUGUCAACCCGACAUGUAUGCAAAUGGAGACGUGCCGGACUCGUUGCUCCAUGAUCUCAGUUUACGGGGUGUCAACACGCACUUGGAGUAUUACCAUUGUCUGUCCAAGAUUCAUGGCGCCUGUAUCAGCGGUAGCAGUGGCUCUGUCAUGAGGAAUCUAUCGCCACCAUCCUCCAGUAUGGAGCUUUGCUACCAAGCUUCGCGGUCAACGCUUUUAUACAUCUGUCGGAUUCACCAUCUCAUUAUGAAAGAGACGUUCUGGAUCUAUGCGCAGUUUAUCCUGACUGCAGUCUUUGCAUUAUACCAGCGCAUCAAGAUGACUACCUCUGGGUAUCACGUCCAUGAGGAUCUCCGGCUUUUAGAGAAGGUCCACGAAAUCUUCGUCAAUCUGCGAGUUGCUGAUGGGGAGGGUACGUUUCCACCGUUUGCUGUGACUGAGGCUCUCAUACGAAGUUUGGUCUCCUCGGUGACGUAG